CCGGGCAGCCCGGGGCCAUGGCGGUGGCGGUGCGAGCGCGCGGCGCCCUUCGGGGGUUGGCGGCGCUGGGCGGCCGGGGUGCGAGCCGUGCGGCCAUGUCUUCAAAUGCGCAAUGGCUGACAGCAGAGGAGAGGAGUGAACUUAUUCCUGGCCUGAAGGCGGCAGGAUGGUCGGAAUUAAGCAACAGAGAUGCCAUCUACAAAGAGUUCACCUUCAAAAAUUUUAAUCAGGCUUUUGGCUUCAUGUCCAGGGUUGCCCUGCAGGCAGAAAAGAUGAAUCACCACCCAGAAUGGUUCAACGUGUACAACAAGGUCCAGAUAACUCUCACCUCACACGACUGUGGAGGCUUGAGCAAGCGUGAUGUGAAGCUGGCUCAGUUCAUCGACAGCGCUGCCGCUUCUCUGUGAUCGCCUUCCAUGCGUGUAAAGAUCGGAACCUGGUCGUCUGCAGCGUUUUUAAGGCCAUUCAUGUGAAUAAGCUAAAUCAUAAAUUUGUUUGUUUUUACAUAUAUACAUUUUUGUAUACUUGAUGCUUAAAUACAGAAUGAUUUGAA